UCGUGUGACAUGGACUAAACCCUUCCAAUCUCUUGUCCAACCAUAUCAGAUCUAACCUGGGUGGGAGGAAGGAAACACACCAAGAACGACUUCCAGAUGCUGGGGAUCGCAUCGAGAUCCACGGCCUCUCCUCUUAAUUAGCUAGGAAGGAUCAAAUCAUCAACCGACCACAUCACGGAGACAGAGAGAGGAUAGGAGAGGAGGAGGAGAAAGAAGAAGGGAAUCGUUAUCAGUUCUUGCGAUGAUGGAUCCGUCGUCGCGGGCGAUGGACGUGGAACAGUCGUCGCUGUGCAACUGGGUGGUGAAUUUCCUGCUGGAGGAGAAGUAUCUGCUCACCGCGUUCGAGCUCCUCCAAGAGCUCCUCGAGGACGGCCGCCACGACCAGGCCAUCCGCCUCCGUGAGUUCUUCUCGGACCCCGCCCACUUCCCCCCCGACCAGAUCGCCCGCUUCAACACCCUCCGAGUUGCAGAUCCACAAAGUUUGCUGGAAGAGAAAGUAGCUGUAGAAGAAAAAUUGGCAAUCAGUGAAUAUGAGCUUCGUUUAGCCCAAGAAGAUUUGUCAAGACUGAAAACAGAGUUGCAAAAACAGAGGGAGUUCCAUCCUGAUGAAGUUAACGGACCACAUUCAGAUAUAUUUGUAGCUGAUGGUCCUAAAAACCAACAGGAUAAGAGAGAGAUCACUUUGUCUUCUUUAGGCCCAUUAAAAGACACUGAACGUGGAGAUCUAAAUUGUGCUGUGAAGGAGUACCUGCUUUUUGCUGGGUAUCGUCUUACUGCCAUGACAUUUAUUGAGGAGGUUACUGAUCAGAACCUUGAUGUCUGGCCAAACAGUUCAGCUUGUGUAUCUGAUGCUUUGCGCCGUUACUAUUAUCAGUACCUUUCUUCUACCUCAGAGGCUGCUGAGGAAAAGAUGUCCAUUCUCCGAGAAAAUGAAUCACUAUUGAAAGAAAAUGAGAGGCUUAAUAAUGAAAAAACCUCCUUGCUUAGAAACAAGGAAUUCGCUGAUGGCCAGAUAGUAGUUCUAACAAAGUCCUUGGAAGGUGCCCAAAAGGAUUUAAAGGACAGAGAAACUCUGGUUCAAGGUCUGAAGCAGUCUCUGGAUCUUCAGAGAAAGGAACUCAAUGACUGCAGAGCUGAGAUCACUGCACUAAAGAUGCACAUAGAAGGGGCCCGAGCUAGUAGAGGGUGGGCUGGAGAAAGUGAAAGCACACAACCUCUUUCUGUUGAUAAAUCUAAGGAAGAAAUGAAAUCCUCGCAUAGUGAAAUAGAAAACUUAAAGACAUCCACAGGAAAUUCAGAGGCUGAGGAUACACAGCCAGAAGAAAAAGUUGUUGAGGCAAAUGAAGAAGCCUUAUUGUCUAAUCCCAUUGAGUCAGUAUCUAGAUUAUAUGUUGAGAAUGCUGAACGUAUUUCUGAAGACGACAGAAGUACACAUGAAGACGGAAUUAAGUCUAAUGAUACAAUUUCUGAUUCCUUGACAAUUUCUUGUAAUGGUAAUUUGCUUCCUGAAAGUCAACAGAAUCUCCACAAUCACAUUUCUGGUUCACCAGCUGAAGAUAGAGGGUUUGUUCAAAAGUCAGAGAGUCCUAAGAGGGAAAGAACUUCUGAUAAGAUGGCUUUGGAGACCAUCCGGAUAGUUUCAGAUGCUUUGCCGAAGAUUGUACCUUAUGUUCUGAUCAACCAUCGUGAGGAGCUUCUUCCACUCAUCAUGUGUGCAAUUGAACGUCAUCCAGAUAGCAGUGUGAGAGAUUCUCUAACUCACACAUUGUUUAAUCUAAUUAAACGACCAGAUGAACAGCAGAGACGAAUUAUAAUGGAUGCGUGUGUAAGCCUAGCUAAGAAUGUGGGAGAGAUGAGAACUGAAACAGAGCUUCUUCCCCAGUGCUGGGAACAGAUAAAUCAUACAUAUGAAGAACGUCGGCUACUAGUUGCCCAAUCAUGUGGAGAGCUGGCAGAAUUCGUUCGGCCUGAGAUUCGUGAUUCUCUCAUUCUAUCCAUUGUGCAACAACUAAUUGAAGAUUCUGCCACAGUUGUGCGAGAGGCUGCGGCUCGUAACCUGGCAUUGCUGCUCCCACUCUUCCCAAACAUGGACAAAUAUUUUAAGGUUGAGGAGCUGAUGUUCCAGUUGGCCUGCGAUCCUUCAGGAGUGGUGGUUGAUGCUACACUUAAAGAACUUGUUCCUGCAGUAAUAAAAUGGGGAGGUAAAUUGGACCAUAUCCUACGAGUCCUUCUCUCUCACAUCCUAGGUUCUGCUCAGCGUUGUCCACCUCUUUCGGGGGUUGAAGGUUCUGUAGAUUCUCAUCUUCGUGUUCUAGGAGAACGAGAGCGCUGGAAUAUUGAUGUGCUACUGCGCAUGUUGAUGGAAUUGCUUCCAUUUGUUCAUGAGAAAGCUAUUGCAACAUGUCCUUUUACUUCUGCAAUCGAGUCUUUGACAAGUUCAGAGAAUGGGAAAUCCUUUUUCUCUACUUCCUUGCUUCACUUAUAUGCAGGGGGUCAUGUGGAUUGGCCUGCAUUUGAUUGGAUGCACAUCGACUGUCUUCCUGAUUUGAUUCAACUUGCUUGCCUCUUACCUAGUAAGGAAGACAAUCUAAGAACUCGAAUCACAAAGUACCUUUUGGAUGUUUCUGAACGGUUUGGGGAACAUUAUCUUGUGCACAUAAUGUUGCCGGUUUUCUUGGUAGCUGUUGGGGACAGUGAUAGUGCUGACUUGACAUUUUUCCCUUCUGCCAUCCAAUCUAGAAUCAAAGGCUUACGACCUAAAACUGCCACGGCAGAGAGACUUGCUAUCAUGUGUGUACUUCCACUGUUACUGUCAGGUAUUCUGGGUGCUCCUGCAGCUCAGGAACAACUAUCAGAAUACUUGCAAAAACUACUAGUGCAGAACACAAUGAGCGAAGGUUCUUGGUCUAUGUAUCGCACUAGUGAGCUCAUUGAUGCUGUUCGCUUCCUUUGUACAUUUGAGGAGCAUCAUGGAAUCAUUUUUAAUAUUUUAUGGGAAAUGGUCGUGAGCUCUAAUGUGAACAUGAAGACCAAUGCUGCAGCUCUGUUGAAAGUCCUUGUACCUUACAUUGAUACUAAAGUUGCUUCAACUCAUGUAUUGCCUGCACUUGUCACUCUUGGUUCUGAUCAAAAUUUAAAUGUAAAAUAUGCGAGUAUCGAUGCAUUUGGAGCUGUUGCCCAGCAUUUCAAAAAUGACAUGAUUGUUGACAAGAUACGCAUACAGAUGGAUGCUUUUCUUGAAGAUGGAUCACAUGAAGCUACUAUUUCUGUUAUUCGUGCAUUAGUGGUGGCAGUACCUCAUACAACUGAUAGGCUACAAGAAUAUCUUUUGUCAAAGAUUUUUCAGCUUACAGGCAUGCCAUCUCCUGGAAAUGAUGUUAUGCGCCGCCGUGAGAGAGCAAAUGCAUUUUGUGAAGCAAUCCGUGCUUUGGAUGCUACAGAUCUUCCUGCAACCAGCAUCCGAGAUUUCCUCUUACCUGCCAUUCAAAAUCUACUAAAGGACCCGGAUUCGCUUGAUCCUGCACACAAGGAAGCAUUGGAGGUUAUAACGAAGGAAAGGUCAGGAGGAACAUUUGAAAGCAUCAGCAAGGUGAUGGGAGCUCAUCUUGGCAUUGCAUCCUCCAUGAGUAGCUUCUUCGGCGAGGGUAGCCUUCUUGGAAAGAAAGAGGGUGGAGAACUAGAGCAUGUGGCCUCUCAGCAGCCCAGCCCACCAACCCAACAAGAUGGUACACGGUUCCAGCGAAUCAUGAGGGGUAGCUUUGGGGACAUGUUAAGAGUAAAAGGGAAAGGCCAUGAUGAUUCUCCAAAACAAGCGGGCUGAAGGUGAAAAAGUUCUGCUAAUGGUGUUUUUCUACUAUUGAAACGGCUCCCUUGUGGCUGUGGUUAUCUCGCAUCAUCCAUGGAGAUGGUUUUUGUCAAUUUUCUUCGAGGGCCAAACAUCAUUUUUUCAUCAGAGGUUGCUGGGAGCUGGUAAACAGGGUUACGGCUGUGAGCUGAUGUUCUUUAAAAUACUACAGAGACGAAAGAUCUUUGUAAUCGCAGAAUGUUUCUCAUUCUUCCCAUAGUCUUUGAUAUUAAUCCAGCAUUCUUUGGUCUUGUUACUCUUGCAAUUACAGUUGUUUAUUCGUACAUCUUCAGAAAUUUAGGGAUCUCUAUCUGGUUAUGUGGUCCAAAUUA